UCUCAAAAAACCACAGUGGGGAGUGGGGUAUCUUUUCUUUUUGAAGCUUUUUAGCGUUUGUCUCGUGUUAUUGGGUACUUUCUUUUUCACAAGCAUUCUCUGAUAAAUAAAGCUAGGGUUUUCUGAUUUCUCACAGGUAAGAAGGGGCAAAAAUCAGGUCAAUAAAGCCUCAAGAAUCAAGCUUAGCUUUAGGGCUCCUUCCCGUCCAAAAAGAAAUUUCUUUUCCCCUUUUCUCUCACCUCAUUGUCUCUCUCACAUCUCCCCUCUUUCCGUCGCUGCUCCAUCUUUCACAUGCAGAUUAAUUAGUAUGUGGAACUGUGUGUAGGUUUGCAUGCAGAUGUGGGCUGUCUGAUCCGUUGUCUAAGAUUUUUGGUGUUUGAGGCUCUUGAUGAUGAAAUUGUGUUGUGGCUGUGAAGGAGUUUUCUGUUCAGGGUCAAUACUGUUUAGAAGAUACUGAUAGUGAAAAUGUGCCGGUAAAGUACAUGGUAGAAUAUUGGGGUCUAUAAUUUGCCUUUUGGGAAACGUACAGGUGAAGCAAGUUGAGUGUUUUGCUGGCCUAUUUUUAGUCUUUCAACACUUGACUGCGUUAAAUGCUUCCUUUAUCUGCUUGAACAUCGUAUAUUGUGGAUUUUUUCAGAAAAUAUUUUAUGAAUUCUGAACUGGGUGCUGCUGUAGUUUGUCGGGAUCACAGUCUACUUUAUAGUCCCAUGGGUAAUUUUGCUGCAACAGCAGAGCAGUUCUGCAAGGAUAAACAACCAUUUAUGGAUUUCAAGUUUUCUGGGUUUUGACUAGUAAGACAUCUGGAUUACAGUUUGACGCUUUUUUGGGGAUUUAAGUACAGGAUUUGGUCUUUACUACUUCUGUCUGUAGAAAGUAGCAUUGGUUGCAGAUUUUCUAUUUAGAAUGGAGGAUAUUGGGCUGUUUAAACAAGUUUGGAAAUGGUUGCAAUCCAAGAAAAUUUGUUACUCUGUUGUGAGAACAACAGCCAGCUGUUUCCGAGACAAGAUUGGGAUAUUUAUAGAGAGGCAUUGGCCAAUGGUUUGUUGUGCGUGUGCAAGGCUGGGGAGACUGAUGUUGCUUUUGUUGAUUCGAUGGAAGGAUUGUGGAGUCAGAGGAUUUCGGUCGUUUAUUGGGCUUGGUUCGGCAGCUUUGCUUGUUAUCAUGUGGAGUUGUUUUCUUAGUUUGACAUCAUUAUCGUGUCUUGUAUAUGUCCUUCUUAGUAUGGGAGCUGCUGGGAUUGCUGUACAAUACUUGGGAUAUACUCCUGGGCUUUUCAUUGUAGGGCUUUUUGCCAUCUUAAUUUUGUGGAUGUAUGCAAACUUUUGGAUAACGGGUACAUUGUUCAUUGUUGGAGGUUAUCUGUUUUCUCUGAAUCAUGCUCGGCUGGUGGUGUUGAUGGCUAUGAUAUAUGCUAUGUAUUGUGUGAAAGUUCGAGUUGGAUGGUUUGGAGUCUUUCUCUCAAUUAAUCUUGCAUUCUUGUCAAAUGAUGUGUUAAAUUACGUGCUUCAGUGUUGUGAUAAUUUGAGUGAAAGUGUGCCCAUUGAGGAGCAAACAAAAUCUGAGUCAUUCACAGAGGAUGGCUUCUCUACAGAGUGUGAGUAUUCUGUGCCUGCUGAUGAACCAGAAAAGGUGCAGUCUUGUAAAUCAUCCAGCAAACCUGCUGUGGCAUCAUCUUUGGUCAACAAACAAAAAGAAUCUACGGCCAAGCAAGUUAUCAGAGAAGAUGAAAAUUCCAUUAUUGAGAUGAAGCGGAUUUUAGGUAGUAACAAUCACUAUGAAGCACUUGAGUUUCCUCGCAACAAGAAAGUUGACUCUAUUUUGUUGAGGAAGGAAUACAGGAAAAAGGCAAUGCUUGUUCAUCCUGACAAAAAUAUGGGAAGUACACUUGCAAGUGAAUCCUUUAAGAAGCUUCAGUGCGCCUAUGAGGUUCUUUCUGAUGCUGUGAAGAAGAGGGACUAUGAUGAACAACUUAAAAAGGAAGAAUCGAAGAGUGUCAUACAGAGAUCAUCUAGCACUUCUCGUCAGCAGGAUAGCUCUGAUUACUGCUUGGAAGAGUCAAGACGUAUACAGUGCACAAAAUGUGGCAAUUCACACAUUUGGGUCUGCACAAAUAGGACUAAGGCCAAGGCCAGAUGGUGCCAGGAUUGCUGUCAAUAUCAUCAAGCCAAAGAUGGCGAUGGAUGGGUGGAGUACAAAGGAUCAUUGAUAUUUGAUCAGCCUCGAAAGGUGGAAAUACCGCGAGCUUUUGUCUGUGCUGAGAGCAAGAUCUUUGAUGUAUCAGAAUGGGCCAUAUGUCAGGGAAUGGCUUGUAGACCCAAUACACAUCGGCCAAGCUUCCAUGUCAACAUGGUUGGUUUGGACAAGUCAUCUCAGAGAUCCAAUUCUAGCAGAUACCCAUGGGAUCUGGAUGCCGAGGUGAUGGACGAAGAUGAAGAUUUUGAGCUGUGGCUUCAACAAGCCCUGGCUUCUGGACUAUUUUGUGAAACUUCCAAGCGCAGAAAGAGCUGGAGUCCCUUUAAGUUGCAUCACAGAAAGAAAAGUUGGCGAAGAUCAUCAUGAAUGGGAGCUCUAAAAUUGUUAUUAACCCCUAACCUCCUGCAACAAUGGCCAAGCACCACCAGCAACAAUCUCCACCUUCAGCGCUAGAUUUAGGAGUUAGAAUGGGAGUAGGAUAUUGCAGGUAUUUUAAUUGCAGUGCAGAGAGCUGCCAGAGAAUCUUAGUGGAGAAGAUGACAACAGCUGUUGGUGGCAAGGAAAAGUCUGAACAACUUGUUUUGCACGAUCAUUUAUGUAAAUAAUUGAUAACUUUGUUGCGGGAUUUCUUCUGUUGGAGAUGUCAGUUUUGGGAAGAUACAAUUGAGCUGACAAGGAAUUGAUUCCAAAGGGCAAAAUGAAAGGGAUGCUUUCUUUGUACAUGUAAAUGCAACCUGAUAGCUUUGUACACUGCCAGUGAAAUAAAAACAUGAAAAAAGAAAAGAAAGUUGACUGAGAUUAAUCUCAAA